UUCUCAUAUAUAAAUACCCAACCCAAAACACAUUCUUCUCUUCAAUGUUCAUCACCAACACCUUCUCUUUCUUUCUCACACAGCCAUGAGUUACUUCGACAACGAUCACGACCGCAGUCCGUUUUUCCAGAACCACAAUGACUUCAACCGGAGGAUACUAAUCACCGCCAUAGUUUCCCUAUCAGUCGUGCUAGUUUUAGUGUUUGCUCUUCACAUCUACGCAAGGUUUUUUCUGCGCCGUCAAACUCGCCGCCGAAGCACCAUAUACCAACUCAGUCUCAACGUGGCUCACGCGCAAGCCCAACCGCCAAUCGCCGGCCUCGACCCUGCAGUCAUCACCGCUCUCCCCACCUUCCCCUUCAAACAACAGAACGACGCCGUUGAGUGCGCCGUCUGCUUGAGCGUUCUCGAAGACGGAGAACAUGUCAGACUCCUUCCUAAUUGCAAGCAUAGCUUCCACGUCGGCUGCAUCGACAAGUGGCUCGCCUCACACUCCACGUGUCCCAUUUGUCGAUCCAAAGCGGAACCGCUCCGACUUGAACCGGUCCAGCGCGAGGAUCCCACCCGGUUGGCUCUUCCCACCGCCCCGGUAUUGUUCGAAAACGUGGAAGGAACGUCCGACGGUGGUAAUGGGUCGCCUAAAAUCAACGGCUCCAAUUCUAGGUUGAGUUCAUUUCGAAGAAUUCUCAGCAGAGAGAGAUCGUUGAGGAGACUCCAACCUUCUGCGCAUGAUGAUGUUGAACAGGACUUAGAGAGACAGUGAUAGAUUCAUUAUUGAGGUACUACCAUGUACGUACAUAUGUAUGUAUUUGUUUUUUUUUUUCUUUUUUGAUACUUUUUUUUUUGUUCAUUCAUUUUCUCAACAUAAUACAGCUUGCAUAAAAUUGUCAAGGUUUGGAAAUAUGAGUGAUUUUUUUAAUGAAUAAUUUUGCAGA